UUCAGGAUCUAACGCCGAGUCUUCAGGAUGGCUGCAAGCAUGGUUGCCGCUCAGCAGCGUUUGGUGCUUAGCGCCAAGCAGACGACUUGCGGACCUGCUGCGCUGGUUCGCCCCGCCCAGUCUGUCAGCGCAAAGCGCACUGGAGCCGCAUCUUCAGAUGCUAUUCAUAACUGUGUUCCUAUGCUGUCAGGCAUUCGCAGGCUUGUGUCAUCCCGUGCACCUCGCCAGACCCGGUCGGCUGUCGUAGCACAGGCCGCUUCGGGGGACAAGUUCGACUACGAUCUUGUUAUCAUUGGCUGCGGUGUUGGUGGCCAUGGCGCGGCUCUGCAUGCUGUGGAGUGUGGCCUCAAGGUGGCAGUGAUCGAGGGACAUGACAUCGGAGGCACCUGCGUCAACCGUGGCUGUGUGCCCUCCAAGGCUCUGCUGGCGGCCUCGGGCCGAGUCCGUGAGAUGCGCGACAAAGCGCACUUGGCGGCCAUGGGUGUCCAGGUUGGCGCUGUGUCGUUCGAUCGUCAGGGCAUCGCCAACCACGCAAAGGACCUUGCCACCACUAUCCAGGGUAACUUGCGCCGCAGCCUGGAGGCUCUGGGCGUGGACAUCCUGAUCGGCCAGGCCAAGUUUGUGGGCAACCAGCGCGUGCGUUACGGCCUGCCGGGCCGCGUGGACGUGGGCGGCGAGGUCACUGCCCGGGACAUCAUCAUCGCCACGGGCUCCGUGCCGUUCGUUCCGCCAGGCAUCCCCAUUGAUGGCAAGACUGUGUUCACGUCCGACCAUGCACUCAAGCUUGAGUGGCUGCCCAACUGGAUUGCCAUUAUCGGCUCUGGCUACAUCGGUCUGGAGUUCUCCGACGUGUACACCGCCUUGGGCACUGAGGUCACCUUCAUUGAGGCAGUGGACAACCUGAUGCCAGGAUUCGACCGGGAGAUCGCUCGCCUGGCUCAGCGGUUGUUGAUUCAGGGCCGCCCCAUCGACUACCACACCGGUGUGAUUGCAAGCAAGGUCACCCCGGGCGUACCGGGUGUGAAGCCGGUGGUUAUUGAGCUGACGGACUUUAAGACCAAGGAGAAGGUGGACGAGAUCGAGGUGGACGCGUGCCUGGUGGCUACGGGCCGGGCCCCCUACACCAACGGCCUCAACCUGGGCGCGAUCAGCGUCGCCACGGAUCGCCGUGGCUUCGUGCCGGUCAACGAGAAGAUGCAGGUUCUGGACACCACGGGCAAUGUGGUGCCGCACGUCUACUGCAUCGGAGACGCCAACGGCAAGUACAUGUUGGCCCACGCCGCCAGCGCACAAGGCAUCAGUGCGAUUGAGAACAUCUGCAGCCGGCCCCACGUGCUCAACCACCUGUCCGUCCCGGCCGCCUGCUUCACCCACCCCGAGGUGUCUUUCGUGGGUGUGACCCAGGAGAAGGCCGAGGAGAUGGCCAAGGAGCAGGGCUUCAAGCUGGGCAUCUCCAAGACCUCCUUCAAGGGCAACAGCAAGGCCCUGGCCGAGAAGGAGGGCGACGGUAUGGCCAAGAUGCUGUACCGCAAGGACACGGGCGAGAUCCUAGGUGUGCACAUUAUCGGCCUGCAUGCCGCGGACCUUAUCCACGAGGCCUCCAACGCCAUCGCCACCGGCCAGCGCGUGCAGGACAUCAAGUUCAACGUGCACGCCCACCCGACUUUGUCCGAGGUGCUGGACGAGCUUUUCAAGGGUGCCCACGUCGACGCGGCCCAGGAGAACGGCCAUGUGCCUGCGGUGGCCCCGGCGGCUGUUAAGCCACAGCCCGCGGUCGCUGCGGCCUGA